CCUCCGUCCUCCCAAAACCAAAAGAUAAAUCAAAAACUCCUUUUUCGUCUUCUUCGUCUCUUUCCUCCCAUCCCUUUUUUCUGCAGUUUUAUUACCAAUCAAUGGCUUCUAUCUUACCACUACCAGAACUCGAUCCAAGCCCUGAGAUAUCAUCGGAGUUUCAACGGAAGAAGCGGAGGAAAACCGAUGAAAAAUCUUCCUCUUAUCAUCGUAUGCAAGGCAACCCAAGAAUGAAUCGAUGGAGAACAGGACAAGAGCAACAGAUCUACUCGUCCAAGCUCAUUGAAGCUCUCCGUCGUCGUUCUACUCCGACCUCCUCUUCCGCUAACGGCAACGAUGUUCGUGACACGGCGUACAGAGUCCUCGCCGUCUCGGCCAAGGGAACGUCGCGUUGGAGCAGAGCAAUUCUCAUUGGUCGACUCAGUGCCAAGAUGAGGAAACAUAAGAAAGCGAAGGUCAGCGCCAAUAGGAAGUUGAGGAAGCCGGCGAGUAGCGGAAAGAGGAGAAAAUUGCCGGUCGUUCAGAGGAAGCUGUUGGCUUUGGGACGUCUUGUCCCCGGUUGCCGGAAACUAUCUUUCUCUAACCUUCUAGAAGAAACUAGCGAUUACAUAGCGGCUUUAGAGAUGCAAGUUCGAGCCAUGACAGCAAUUACCGAGUUUCUCGCCGUCGGCAAUGAUGGUGGAGCACAGCCGCCGGCUGAUCGGCUUGGCUCCAAUGUCAACUCGUAAAAUCGCCAAAAAUUUUUGGAAACUUUGUUUGUUUUUUUUACCGAGGUUCUUAAAUUCAUGUAUUUUAUCGUAUUCGAGUUAUGUUUUCCUUUUUUUAAAA